AUGUUCCGAGAUUCUCAAUGGGUCGAUCAAAAAUCAAAACAAAAAAAGACUAAACGUAAACACAUCGAUUCAACAAUUUCCGACAAUUCCUCGACAAAUUCUAAAAUCAGUCAACGUAGUGAUAACGAAAUGGAUACAAACAGUCAAGAAUUUUAUGAUCCUUUGCCGCCUUCAGAUUCCAAAGAAUUACGAAAUAUUGAAGGGGGAGAAUAUUUUUUACCAAGCGCUGACAAAAAUAUUGAAAGAUUACAAAUGCAGCAUUUUUUAUUCAGAUGUAUUUGGCAAUCAAAUUAUUCUGCCCCAGUGGAAGAAUUUUUCGAGUCUAGUGGCGCAAAGGUAUUGGAUGUUCAAUGUGGUAGUGGUGUUUGGAUGAGCGAUCUAGCCAUCGAGUUUCCUAAUUCGACAUUUGUCGGCGUAGAUGAUGAUGCAGACCGUGCUAGAAUAGAAAUUCAAUUACCUAAUGCCGCAUUUCUUCAUCACAAUAUAAAAGAUGGAUUACCCUUUCCCGAUGAUACCUUUGAUUUUGUCCAUCAAAGAUUUUUUACUUCUGUGAGUGAAGUUGAUUGGCGAAAAUAUAUGUUGCUGGACAUGAUUAGAGUAUUGAAACCUGGAGGAUUGAUAGAGUUAAUGGAAAUGUCUCCUUUGGAUAAUGUUGAUGAUAAAUUUAAUUUAUCGAAAGAAAUUUAUCAAUUGAAUCCUUCCGGAUUUCAACAAGCCUUAAAAUCCACCAAAUUGAUUAAAUCCAUAGAAUCAGAGUACAGGAUUACUCCACUCUUUGGCGGAAGAGCUUCUCAACUGGUUUGUCAAAAUAUAUUUAAACGAUUUGAAACAAAGAAAAAAGAAUUUUGUGAAUUUUUGAAUUUAAACGAAUCAGAACUUGAUGAGAAUUUAGAGAAGAUGCGCGAAGAAGUCAUUACACACAAUACCUUUUGGUUUACGGAAAAAAGAUAUGAAUUACCAUCUAUUUAUAUGAUCAAAAUCGAAUCUUAA